CGACGCUACUGCGCCACGACGACUAUUGCCAGACUAUUGCCACGAUGGCCGAGGAGGCUGACAUAAACGAUAAAGCGACGAUGGAAAGUAUAGCGCAAAACAUACUCGAGAUCAGUGCCGGAGGAGGCGGGUCUGCGUCGAACGAGGUGGCCGCGUUGGAGUUCCAAGCCUCGCAGGUGAUAUCGAGGCUCGAGGAAGCCGUGGAGAGAGCGGCUGACGGUGGCGGUACCACCUGGAACAAUCCGUCCGGGUUCCUGUCGCAGUCGAAAACCCCCGAUGAGAUACUAGCUCUAAUCCAGGACUUGGUGAUUCACGAAGACGCUCCGCAACCAGUCGAAGACGGUUCGACGGAGACCGCGACUAGUCAAGUGACUACUUUGCCAACGUUAACGGAGCCAGCAAAAUUAGCAUUGAUCGCUUAUACCGUUUCCGCUUUUGCGCUCGCCCUUCCGAAAUCGCACGCUCAAAGAUUAGCCGGUCGAUUGGCGGCGGAUACGACGCGAUGGCUAAGUCAUAUUUUUCGUUUCGUCGAUUGCGCAUCAUCCUUUCACGAGGACCAUUUAGAAGGUUUGGUCAGAGUGACCAGGUUGGCCCUGCACAGGAAAUAUCCGCGAUAUAUGGAAGACGGAUUCACCGCGCUGGCGGCUUCUCCGCCUUUAAUUUACAGCUCUGCUGCCGCACCUUUAGGCGUUGUCCAGCAUUUAUGCAGACAGCUAUCUUUGCCGCUGCACUGCGUACGACCCAUCCCCCAUAAUACAAUGUUCGGAUCGCGGUAUAGCAUGGAUGUGUCGGCUUUAGAACGGAGACUGGCGGAAGACACGCAAUCUAAUAACGUGACGCCGCUUCUGGUACUGGCAGAAGCGGGGUCUGUGUUAACGGGACAUUGUGAUAACAUCGCCAGGCUACGCGCAAUUUGCGACAAAUACAACGUCUGGCUCCACCUUAGAGGCCAUUCCCUAGCCGCGUUGGCUUUGAACAACUCGGCGAAGGAUUUGCCUUCGAAAGUCGCGGACAGCGUUACGUUACCUCUUGGAAUAUGGCUCGGUAUACCAUCUUUACCAGUAGUCACAUUGUACAGAUUAACAGACACGAAGGGCGGCCGGCCAACUCCGAGAGACACGACCUUGUCUUUGGUAUCAGGUUUAAUGACGGACUCGUUAUCGAGACGUUUGCCGACUUUGCCGUUGUGGGCCACAUUGCAAGCGUUAGGUAGAGACGGUGUACAUAACAGAUUGAAAAGGUGCUUCUUGUCCGUAGAAGAAUUGUACAAUAAAAUCAAGAAGUUCUCUUGCAUAAGGAUAUUGAGUCAACCACCCGGAGGUGAGACAGGAUCCUAUACGAUAAACGAACUCUUAACGAACCCAGUGAACAAUCCGCAGCUGUUCGAAGCUGUGGCUAGCGCUCUAGUGUUCCAGUUCGUGCCUGCCGAUAGAGACCCUCAAGCAACGGAACGCGUACCUCCUUACUACGAUAAACUAAACUCCUGGCUAGGGCAAAUUCUUCAAAGGGACAUCGAAAACGUUCAGAUAGAAUUAUGCGAAAUAGAACACCACGGUAUCGCUAUUCGUAUCUGUCCACUGGAAAACCCGGAACCCCCUCCGUCGACUGAGGAUAUAGAUAAUGUGGUCGCCUGCCUCGAACAGCAGAUAGAAAUACUACAAGCAACGGUUGAGCACAAGGUGACGUUCAUAAAAUUAGUCUCCGAGAACGAUUCUUUGCAUUUAGUGGAAAUGCCUGGUUGGGCAGGCUUGGGCGGAGUGCGAUACGCUCCCCCUACCUGGAUCCACGUUAUGACCGAUCAGGCGAAAGAAGAAUUAAACAGACUGAACACGCAAUUGGUCGAAGCUCUGAGAAAUACGGAUGCGGCGUUUUCUUUGGGCGAAGGAGCCGACGGCUUGGCCUGCGUUCGAUUCGGAAUGGUCACGCAAGAUACAGACGUGGCCGAGUUACUGUCCUUAGUUUUACAAGUUGGUCAAGAGGUGGAGGCCAGCUCUAAACUAUUGGACACUAUAUCUGAAGUAGUGAAACGAGGGAUCGAAGCCGCGCAGACGGAUUUGGAGAGGGAGAAUGCCGAGAAGUUGUGGCAGGAAGGUAUUCUUAGACACGUGCCUGUCGUUGGAAGUUUCGUCAAUUGGUGGAGUCCUCCGUCGAAAGAAACCGGCGUUCGCGGACGUAGUUUAAAUUUACAAGCCGGUGUCGUCGAGAGCACGGAGAAUAUUUACAAGUAUCACAUGCAAUUGCAACCCAAUUCCACCGUGAUCAACGGAUCUGGUGCUCGAACUCCGCCACAGCCCCUUGUACAAACCCCGGUCGGCGCAAGUAGUCAGAGUCACAGUCGUUCGUCGAGUCAUUCCAGUCUGCAAAGCGGCAAAAGUAUUUCCGUGAUCACGAACGCCGUUUCCCACCCACAAGUGAAGGAGGAAUCCGGCGAGGUGAAGUCGUAGUGAACAUUAAACAACGCCGUUGGUCGAGAUACAAGAUUCUUCAAGUCAACGAUGGACUUGACAGAGGGACGAAGCUCCGUGUGAAACGAUCACGUGUCUACGGUAAAUGCUAUCCUUUACAUUCGCCGAGCACAGCAAAGAAUUAGCAUCCCUAAAGCGUACGUCGAAGAGCUUGAUAAUUCAACGAAUGAUAAAGGCACGCCAGCCUUUUCGGUCGGUCUUUCUGUACUCUAUUAUUUCCUCCCGGUUACCCGUUUUCUUUCACCGAACGAUCUGAUAUCGGAAAUACUUGCCGGAUCUAUCGCGCAUGGCUUGUGUACUUAUUAGACUGAUAACGAGUAAGGACGAGUCGCAUCAACGAUAAGUUCCUUUGGUAACGAGUAUUAACAAAGUAUUUCCUUAAUAGCACAAUGAAACGGAUCGCUUUACGACAUCUAAAACAUAUUUUCGUUCAGCUUUUAGUUAGUCGGACGGACACGAACUAUGCCGUAAUUAUAAUGACCUAGACAUGAUAGAUACGAUUAAGUUUCAAGCGACAGUGUUUUACGACUUUAUGUGCACAUACGUUCUGAAUAAAUUUUUCAACCAGACUUACGUUAUACUUACUCAGUGUUUACUUUCCAAAAUACGCUACUACAUCCAUCGCGAUCAACUGUAUCUUUUUCUCAUAAAGCACAACGUAUAUAUUAAGGACCCGUACGAUUGCUUAAAGAACGAUUAUCGUUAGGCACGCGUUGUAAACUCUGUUAAAGAGUAUAAGCUUUCUUUCUAAAGAUCCAACUGAACGCGUAAAAAAUAUAAAUAACAUUUCGACGUUUAAACGACAACCAAAGAGAUUUAUAGAUUUACAUUCGUGCGAUUCUCGAACUAUUACUGUGUAAUAUUUCCGACGGGAUAGGAACUCUGUUUAAAACGAAUACAUAAAAAAAUGUUUACAGUACUAUAGCCUUCAGUGAAUUGUUAAUAAAUACAUUGAAUGAAAAAAAAGAAUUCAACUGUAUGUAUAUUUAUGUACCAAAUUGUUGUAAUAAAGUACUGCAAUCGAAUAAAAGAGUCGAGAAUAA